AUGAAGGUGAGCCCGAAGCAUUUCGUUUUGAAGACACCCAUGGAGGGGCCCUGGCCGGAUAACAUGAAGGUGUGUGUCCUGGCGAACGGAUGCUUUUGGGGCUCAGAGAAAGGCUUUUGGCGCCUACCAGGUGGCGGCAUCUAUGCCACUGCUGUGGGCUAUGCAGCUGGGCAGACGGCCAACCCAACCUACGAGGAGUGCUGCAGCGGACGAACAGGACACACGGAGGCGGUGCAGGUCGUCUAUGAUCCAGAAAAGAUCAGCUUGGUGGACAUUUUGCGGUGGUUCUGGGAAUCCCACGAUCCGACCCAGGGCAAUGCGCAAGGGAACGACCACGGCACGCAGUACAGAAGUGCCCUUAUCUAUUUUGACAGCGAGCAAGAGCAGCUCAUGCGUGCAAGCAAAGCAGCUUACGAGAAGUCGCUUCGAGAAGCUCGGAGAGGCAAGACAGCGAGCAUUACGACAGAGAUCGUGGCCGCAGCCGACUUCGACCAGCCGUUUUACUACGCAGAGGAUUACCACCAACAGUAUCUCGCCAAGCCUGGGGCGAGGCCUUACUGCAGCGCCCAGCCUUUGCAGGUUGCCUUGCCGGCCUUCGAAGACUGGGCGCCCUCCCCUGAGCUCCUGAAGCUCCAUGCGCCAAAACUCUCGGAGGACUUUUGGAAGCAGCAUGCUCCCAAGCCACAUUGUGUCAUCCGCUCUCCUCACGAGCCCAUCUCCUGGCCGUGA